UCUCCUCUUCUUACUGCUGCCUCCUCCACUCCUCCUCACCCCCUCACCCCCGUGUACAGUGCGCGAGGUUGAGUUCAGCCCCUUCGGCUGGAGGCUCGGGUUUAUCUGGAAGCAAAAGAGAAAGCCAUUCAGGAGCUUUGCGCCGUCAGGUGAAGGAUUGAGGCUCCGUGGCGAACGCUUGGGGGGGAGUGAGAGGAGAGAGAGACCGGGACCUUUUCCACAGAAACUCGGGGUUUGUGAGGAGUGCGCGAGUGAGCAGGAAGGAGCCAUGACGGUGUUCUCUGCUCUUUGGGUGCUCUUACUGUGCCAGCUUUUGACAUCAUCCUCAGCGCAGAGGCCGGGACCCAGAGGAGCUCCUGGGCCACCAGGGCCACCAGGACCACUGGGGAAGGAUGGCACUGAUGGCAAAGAUGGACCUGCUGGACUUCCAGGGAAAGCAGGUCCCAAAGGGAAAGCAGGAAUACCAGGAUCUCCAGGGAAACCAGGUCUGCCAGGACUUCCAGGGGUGGAUGGUUUGACGGGUCCUGAUGGUCCUGCUGGGAAGGACGGGCCUCCAGGAGAAGCAGGUGAAGCUGGACCUCCUGGACCUGCCGGACCUCCUGGCAGAGGGAGAUCAGGAGCUCCUGGACUCCCUGGAACCAAUGGGUUGCCAGGUGGCGUUGGACCCCAGGGUCCAGUGGGUGGUGAAGGUGCUUCAGGACUUCCUGGACCUCCUGGUCCUGAUGGACCCCCAGGUUUCCCUGGUACUCUUCAUGACCUCAACGGUGACCUUCUGUGUCCUGCAAUCUGUCCCCCCGGCCCCCCUGGUCCUCCUGGGAUGCCAGGAUUCAAGGGUCACACGGGACACAAAGGAGACAAAGGAGAGCCUGGAAAAGAUGGAGAGAAGGGUGACGGUGGUCCACCUGGUCCACCAGGUAUUGCCGGCACUGUGGGUCUGCAGGGCCCACGUGGUCUGAGAGGUUUGCAGGGUCCUAUGGGAGCUGUCGGGGACAGAGGUCUGACUGGUUUCAGAGGCAAGCCUGGUGUUGCCGGCAUCAUCGGAAAGACAGGUGAUGGCGGUGAAAAGGGACCACGGGGAUUUAAAGGACCCAAAGGAGAAAUUGGUAAAAUUGGUCCCAAAGGAGGUCCAGGAGGAUCAGGACCCAAAGGGGAGCCUGGAAUGCCUGGCAGAGAUGGCAAAGAUGGUACACCAGGAUUAGAUGGCGAGAAGGGUGAUGCCGGACGCCAUGGUACAGUUGGAGAGAAAGGACCAAACGGUCUUCCUGGUCUACAAGGAAAAGCUGGUGUCAAUGGGACUAAAGGAGAAACUGGCGAUGCAGGCACACCUGGGGAGACGGGACCCUCUGGAGAGCCAGGUAUUCCUGGUGAUAUUGGCGUCCCGGGAGAGCGGGGGAUAGCAGGACCCAGAGGAGUGGCUGGAGGCAUCGGACCAGCAGGAAACGCUGGGCCUCAGGGAGGGAAAGGAUAUCAGGGAGGAAAAGGAGCUUUAGGGGAUCCAGGUCUCCCAGGUCCAACAGGAAUCCGUGGAGAGUUUGGUGAAAGGGGUCCAGUUGGAGCUUCAGGAGCUAAAGGAGAAAUGGGUGUGGCAGGAAGUGACGGUUUACCAGGAGAGAAUGGAGAACCUGGUCACUUUGGACCAGUUGGACAAAAAGGAGAGUCAGGAAAACUUGGAGAACUGGGACCAAAGGGCGUGACGGGUCCACAGGGAGAGCUUGGAGCAAGAGGGCCUCCAGGAAAACAAGGGCCAAUGGGCUUCCAGGGGGAACAGGGAAUGCCAGGAUUGGCGGGAAGGACAGGUGUACCUGGUAAACUGGCGAGUGAGCAGCACAUCAGAGAGCUGUGUGGCUCCUUGAUCGAUGGUGAGAUCGCACAGUUGGCUGCUAUCCUCCGAAGACCCCUGGCUCCCGGUAUGGUCGGCCGCCCGGGCCCCGCUGGGUCUCCAGGACAACCAGGAGUUGUUGGCUCUAUUGGGCAUCCAGGUUCCCGUGGACCACCAGGGUACAGAGGCCUGCCAGGAGAACUUGGAGACUCUGGUCCAAGAGGUGAUGUUGGUGAACCAGGUGACAAGGGAUCCCUCGGCAAAGCCAUCGAUGGGCCAUCUGGAGACCAGGGACAACAAGGUCUUCCGGGAGUACCUGGAAUAGUCAAAGAUGGCCGCGAUGGAUCUGCAGGAGAUCCAGGUGAGCCUGGCGAGGCGGGCAGGGUGGGUAGGACUGGGCACCGGGGACCUCCUGGAAUCUGUGACACAUCAGCCUGUCACGGAGCAACAGUCGUCGGAAAAACCUCCAACCCCAAAAACCAUUAGAACACGAUGACUUCCUGCAACCUGACGCCAUCCAACGCAGGGAGGAAGAGUACAAAAAAAAAAGAAAGGAAAAAAAGCGAGGCAAGGAAGCAAUGAAAGAAGAGAGUGAUCACAAACAAAAACAUCCUCCUCCUUUAUUUGAAUACAUGUAUCACAAGUUGGGAAGAGUAACAUCAUCAGAUGUGAUGUUUUGAGAGGAUAUAACGAAAAAUCCAAGGAGUAACACAAAAACCAUCCAGAGAGAAGGUGAACAGAGACACGUAAGACUUGACUUACAAACAACUGGAAAAUGAAUAAUGAUCCCCUCUCUGUUGUGUAUAAAAACUUUGUACAUGUUGUUUCCAUGCCCAUUACUUUGGUUAACAUCCUUCUGGCAGAUACAAAAAAAACAAAAGCGUUUGUCUCUGAAGCGAUUGUGCAUGUUAUCACGGCCCAAUAGUGUGAAUCACAGGUGUUACCUCAACAUACAAGCUUUACAGUGUAAAAUAUGAAAACAGGCGACGAGGCGACGAGCUGUGUAUGUAUUGUAAAAUGAUUAAAAAACAACCCAGGUGUUCAGACAUUAUGUAGAUUGAUGCACAAAUGUUUUCUAACUUUUGAUAGUUUUUUUUUUAUUACAUGUGAAGCUGAUUCUUUACAUCUGAGAAUCAAAAAUGAAAUAAAUCGUGUGGAUGCAAAAAUAAGUUUGGCAAUGUAAAAUAAGUUUGACAAUCUUCAAAAAACGUUUGGGUUUUUUUUUUUCCAACCAGCAAUGACCACAUCCACUUUGUAAUACCAGUGCUGUAACUAUUAAAUAUACAUGACUUUAAAUACUAUUUAUUAUUUGUGGGUGACUGUUGUAUGUACAGUAAGAUGCUACAGCGACAUGUUGUAAGAAAGAACAAAUAAAGCCACUUUUCAGUCAAAA